AUGAAUCAAUAUCAAACUGAAAGACGGCUCUGCUGGUGCUAUGGGCUUUUGGCUGUAGUAUUAGCCGUGUCAGUGAUAUGCACAGCCAUCCCUUACAACCACUGGAGAGCUACACUAGAUGUGUGUCCUGGGAGCUGGUUAGAUAACAAUAAUUGUGGUUGUAUUUUCUUUGGAGCGAGCUCAUCACAAUACUUCACUGGAGGUCAUAACUCUUAUUGUUUAUAUGCAAUUUUUGCUCCAUUACCCAUAUUAGUGUAUGCUCUGGUGAUGGCAUUUUUUCACAUGUAUAGAGUCUGUAUUAAUAAUAUUGGCUUGUACGAAGGAGACAAGUCUACUGGUAUGGAAGAAAUAGAAGGUGAAACAAUUGUUGUAACAACUCGUACUAGAGUGUCACAGAGUGUUGAUGGUGUAAUAUAUUGCUGGAUACCUACAUCGAGUGUUGCGGCUGUAUUUGCAUUAUACAAUCUGAUUCAUGCAGCCAUUAUGACUGACGGCUUCUAUAAGACAUGUCAACAAUAUAGAGGAUACCUUGUUAGGGAGGUUCGUGCAUCUGGUGACCAAGCAACAGUGAUACAUUUCAGACUCGCUUGUCAAGCAAUUUUUGAUUUUAUGGACUACAUACAAAAGGAUGCUCCAAAUAGUCGUCGAGGUGAUUACAUAAACACUGGUGUAUCUUUACAAAUAGCAUUGAUAGCUUCAUGGCUUGGGGUUAUUUUGUGGGUGGCGAUUUCCAUUUAUACUGCUAUCAGGGCGUAUAAGGAACGUGGUGUUUUGACCUGUUGUGGAAAUUAA